UAUACGAAAAUACAAGUCGAUAACAAGUGCGUGAAGGUUACAGACGGACCAAGUAAAACGGAUUCCAAGCACUUAUAAAAACCUAUUAAGGGGACAUAAUGAGUGUAUGAGAGAGGAGGCUAUCUCCGCUGUUUAGGCCACAGGAGGCUGAGAUAUUUUCUUUAAACUCCUGUGCAUGCUUUCAAAUCUUCACUGACCAGAUUGAGUAUAAUUGAUUGCUAAAAUUUCUGCUUGUUUACUAACUGGAGGUUGCAGAUCUGGCAGUUUUUCCUUCACAGAUUCAGGCAGGUAAGGUAACCCCGAUCUAUAUAUCUUUUGCAGAUCCGUUUUUCAAAUUUUAAGCAUUUGGGUUUGCACUGUGUGGAUCUUGAGAGUGAGGAGUAGAAUACCCAUUUUGUGAAGAUGGGGAAGGGAUCAGGAAAGGGCGAAUCUGUGAGCGACAAUGUUCUGAAGAAGGUUUUACUGAGCUAUACCUAUGUGGGCAUCUGGAUCUUCCUGAGUUUCACUGUGAUUGUAUAUAACAAAUACAUUUUGGAUAGAAAGAUGUAUAACUGGCCUUUCCCUAUUAGUCUGACUAUGAUCCAUAUGGCAUUCUGUUCUGCUCUGGCUGUUCUGUUGGUCAGGGUCAUGAAGCUUGUUGAGCCAAUUGGGAUGACCAAGGAGGUCUAUUUGUCCUCCAUUGUGCCCAUUGGAGCUCUGUAUUCAAUGAGCCUCUGGUUCUCAAAUUCGGCCUACAUUUAUCUGUCCGUGUCAUUUAUUCAGAUGCUGAAGGCCCUGAUGCCCGUGGCUGUGUACUCUAUUGGCGUUGGGUUAAAAAGAGAUACCUUUAAGUCUAAUACCAUGGCAAACAUGAUUGGGAUCUCUGUUGGGGUGGCUAUUGCAGCCUAUGGGGAGGCCAAGUUUAAUUCAUGGGGUGUGAUGCUUCAGUUGGGCGCAGUUGCUUUUGAGGCUACAAGGUUGGUUUUGAUACAGAUCUUGCUUACAUCAAAGGGAAUAACCCUCAAUCCCAUCACCUCACUGUACUAUGUUGCACCUUGCUGUCUUUUGUUCUUGACUGUCCCUUGGCUGUUUGUUGAAUUUCCUGUGCUCAAGGAGACCUCCACCUUCCACUUUGAUUACUUCAUCUUUGGCACCAAUUCCCUCUGUGCCUUUGCCCUUAACCUUGCAGUUUUUCUCCUGAUCGGUAAGACAUCAGCUUUGACAAUGAAUGUAGCUGGAGUUGUCAAGGAUUGGCUGCUUAUUGCCUUCUCCUGGUCGAUCAUCAAGGACAUGGUCACACCGAUUAAUUUGCUAGGCUAUGGGCUAGCAUUCUUGGGAGUUUGUUACUAUAACCACUCCAAAUUGCAGGCUUUGAAAUUGAAGGAGGCCCAGAAGAAGAGUGCUCAAGCAGACGAAGAGGCUGGUUUGAUGGAGCAGAGAUCGGAGAGAGACGGCGAGAGUAUGACAGGGAAAGGUGACGCUCAGGCCUAAAUCAGAGGUAGGAUUUGAAUAGUUUUAAAUCUUAGUCAACGAUAUAGCAUGGCUAGAGUGAGCACAGGCAAGGAGGUAUAUUCUGCUAAAGCCACCUGGAGUUGAAUUUGGGUUAAAAUUUAUUGUAUUCAAAUCCUGUGCUCUUCAACCCCCAGGGGUGUUGAGAUUUAGGUCUAGAUUUUUAAGGUUUGAGUCAGCAUAGCUGAACCAGAGGAAAAAUCUAGAACCUCUUAUUUUUUUCCUCCUAUAAUAAUUAGAUGACCAUUUUCAUUCGUUUCAAUAACUUUUGUUAUGUUUUAAUAGUCAUGUAUUUAGAUUAAUCAUCUGGUUAAUAUUUUAACAUUAUUAUCUUUAUUGUUUC